AUGGCCUCGUACCCAUUGCCAUCAUCCUCUACCUCCUCUGCACCUCCACCACUCCUUCUGAAUCCCCUCCUUACUGCUUCACAGAUCCUCUCUUCAGCCUCUUCCCACCUUCCAGACGACCUAGUGCACGACCUCCUCGCGUACGGCGCCCAAUUCAUUCAUCGUCUGUGCUCCCUUCUCAACCUGCCACAAAGGCUCACAGCCACGUCGCAGAUCCUCUUCCAGCGAUUCUAUGCUACCACGUCGCCCGAUCGCUUCGGAGUGGUAGACGUGGCCAUGGCGUGUGUAUACCUAGGAGCAAAGGUCGAGGAGUGCUCUGCGAAGCUCAAGGUCAGGGACUUGAUCAAUUGCACCGAUUGGAUGAUCGAUCGUGAUCGUUGGGCCGAAGAGGAAGCGAAGAAGAGAGGGAAGGGCAACGGCUGGGAGCAGAAGGUUGGGAGCAUUGAUGGAGACGAGGUCCCUUCCUCAGCCUCGGCUUCGCCAAACUCUCAAGAAUUCGUCUAUCGGCCUCAUACGUAUCACUCUUCCAUCUUCUAUGCCUACAAGGAUACAGUUGUUUUUCACGAAAUGCACAUACUCAAGCGUCUGGGCUUUCAUCUGGAGGUACAGCUGCCCUAUGCAACCCUCAUGAACUACCUCAAUAUCCUCGGCGUUGGAAAGGAUAAAGACGUCGUCGAAGCUUGUUGGGGCUUCUGCAGCGACAUGCUGCAAACGCCCUGCCCAGUCCUCUUUCAGCCGCAUACCCUGUCUCUCUCCUCCAUCUACUAUCUCUCCCUGCUGCCUGGCUCUCCACUCCCGCCCCUGCCCAGGGAGCCGCAUCCAUGGUGGACCCUCUUCGACGUCACGCUCGAGGAAAUGCGGACCGUCUGUUCCUGGCUGCAAAGGCUCUACGAUGGAAAGGACGGGACUGCUAGUCGCGUCAGAGAGGAGUGGGGUGGGAUGGGGUCACUGGCUAAGAAAGACGGCAUCAGAGGUUGGAUCCAGAGGAGAGAUGAAGGCAACGGCAAAGACGAAGAGGACUUUGAGAGUGGGAGAAAGUCUCCAGCAGGGUAG